UUUUUUGCCAGCAUGGGUAAGUUAAAACUAAAAUCUGAAGAUGCUAAUUAUAGAAUUGCAACAGAUUUUUGGAAUGAUGGUAGAGGUAUACCAGAAGAAUUGUAUCACCUGGAUAAACAUAGC